AUGUCAAAAGUGAAACAGAGAAAGAGACCGUUUAAAAAAAACGAGAUAAACAGAAAGAGAGGUGAGGGUUUGUCUUCAGGUGAUGCAUGGCCUCCGCCAGCAGAGCCGCCUUUCGGGAACCUCGGCGUGCCCACGGAGCGGCCUGACACGUCGGCUGAGAUAUGGAAGCUGACAGGAAGAGCUUCGGGGCGACUUCAUGCCGAGACGGGAUCCGGCGACUUCGACAUGACACGCGGGAAAGCUAAUUUAACAGCAUGCCAUGUAAAUAAGCCAUCGUCUCGGCUGGACCCCCAGCUGCUGUCUGACAGCGCGGGAAGGGAAGGUCUGGAGAUUGACAGGUAUGACAUCAAAGCUCUGAUCGGUCGAGGCAGCUUCAGCCGUGUGGUUCGGGCCGAGCACAGACGCACACGCCAGCCCUUUGCCAUCAAGCUUCUUGAGGUCAGAGGUCGGGAGGGUCACGACACUUGUCAGGCAGAGCUCGGGGUCCUACGUCGGGUCAACCACGCUAACGUCAUCCACUUGGCCGAGGUGUUCGAAACGGCUCAUCGAGUCUAUCUCGUUCUCGAGCUGGCCACUGGAGGAGAGCUCUUGGAACGUGUGAUCGCCCGAGGGACCUUUAGAGAGCGUGACGCCACCAAGGCCUUGACGAUGAUGGCCAAUGGGCUGUGCUAUCUCCACGCCCUGGGUGUCACUCACAGGGACCUUAAACCAGAGAACCUGCUGUACUACCACCCGGGUCAGGACUCUCGGUUGAUCAUCACCGAUUUUGGACUUGCCUGCUGGGACAACCAGAGUGCAGCAAGCGUGUCUAAUGCUUUUAGCGCUUCUGCAACUUCUAGAUUAGCUAAGGAUAGCGGUACCACAGAGAACGAUAUUUCAGAUGAUCAGAUGAAUGAUCAUUUUAACCUAAGAACAUCCGAAACUAAGGAGCUAAGACCAAACUAUGAACUUAAAAAGAUGAGUCUAUUACUUCAGAAUGAAGAUGACGCAUGUCUUGCAACCCACAGCACGGACUGUCGUACUAGUAAAACUAAAGACUGGGCUCUCAGGACACUUUGUGGCACACCAGAGUACCUGGCCCCUGAGAUGGUGGCCGGGAGAGCGUAUAACAGCGCUGUGGAUUUGUGGGCGCUGGGUGUCAUAACAUAUAUCCUGCUGAGCGGCUCCCUGCCCUUUGAUCAGAACAGUCGACCACGCCUCCUCAGGGCUAUCCUCAGGGGCAACUACAGUUUCCAUGGCAAUCCAUGGAGCUCCGUAUCUACACUAGCCAAAAGCUUCAUCGAUCGCCUUUUGACCUAUGACCCUGAGGAGCGGAUGACGGCUGAAGAAGCUCUGAAACAUCCUUGGCUGGUCAGCAUGGCAGCGUGUUCCUCUAAUAAGAACCUGCACCGCUCCAUAUCCCGAAAUCUCCAGCGUCGGGCGUCACAUGCUUCAUCUCGAUGCCCCAGCUCGGGCUCGACUCCCGGCUCACACUUGGGGGUGAAACCCGGGUCACCGCCGGGAUCUGCUCCACGGUUGGGACUUGGCCACAAAUCACAGAGCAGCUUGAAGGUCACAAGCUGAUGCUUUGAUGUACUGGAUUCUUUACUUUGAUGCAUGUCUCCAAAUCUAGCAGACGUUUGAUCUAAAGGGUUAAAAAUGUUGUUUACAAAAUCGCGUAUAUAUGAGGGUAGAUUUCAGUAAAUCAAUCUGGAUAACACCUAGAAAAGGUUUAUUGCGCAAUCUGAGUUUAAACAAAAUGCAUGGUGCACAGUUGAUGUCAGGUUUAAUAUUUUGUCAGAAAUAUUAAAAAAAUAUCAGUCACGAUACCAAGUAAUGGACACGAGAAAACAGUAUGACAGCUGCACCUGCAAACGUUACCGCAAAGUAAGGUGACUUUCUUUAGAGGGACUUUGGGACAAUUUCAGAUUAGUAUGAAAAAGACCUUCAGCAUAUUUAUCAUUAGAGAUGUGCUCAGCGGUGUGUUUUACACUCUGCGAUAUAAAAGGAAACUCACAGAUCAGCACCUCUGGUCUGCUCUUUCACAUUCACAUCCUUCAUUAAUCCGAUGGCUGAUCUUACACCUCUAAAGAGUCGCAAGCCGUUGUAUACGCCAAUGACCAGGAAGUGUAACAUCAGCACAGGGUCUGAGCGUCUGUCAGAUGUUUGGUUUUUUUUGAUGAUGAGCCAUACUGUACAUUAAUUGUGUCUUUGACGAGUCAAAAGUUGCCAUGGUUUACCGUUUGUUGUGUAACUUUAGUUGGAGUGAUAAAGAAACAGUAUUUGGACAUUAAAAGACCAGGUUUAAAAUUGCAGUAGAUAACAUGCUUAGAUCAAAUUUUAUUCAUGUUGAUGUAAUAUCACAAUUGUUUAAUGUGGUGAGCACGUUCACAUGGUCACCCCAUGUAUUUUGUAUAUGUUGAUGGCUCCUAUGAUGUAUCGACAUGUGUCAAUGACGUAUAAGGAUUUUUCCUAUUUUAAAAUACAAAUAAAUAAUAUCUAAUGCAGUUCUUCAAACAUUAAGAAUGUGGUGUACACAUAAAUGCGGAUCAAAAUGUUAGAUUAAGAGAUUUUUGAAUUUUUCAUUAGGCCACAGCCUUUAAUGUCUGUGUUACAAGCAAGUUGUGCUUUAGUAUUUCUCUUUUCUGUAUCAGGUGCCUGUCUUGUGUUUUAAAUGUCCAAGGUGGAAAAGGGAAACAGGAAAAGAUCUCCCUCUACUGGAGAAUGAUCCAGUUGCCGGACAAUACAUUGUGCCAUUUAAGGCCUUAAAGAGACAGUUCACCCUGAAAUGUAAUUUUUGUUAUCAUUUACUCACGCUCAGAUUGUUCUAAACCUGUAUACAUUUCUUUGUUCUGCUAAAAACAAGGUAUUUGGAAGAAUGUCAGUAACCAAACAGAUCUCAUCCCCCAUUUACUAGGGUGCAUGUGCUAAAAGUGAUGAAGACCAAUGAAAGCCAUAGACUGAGAUUUCUCAGCGAUCAUGAAGAUGUGAAACUCUGAGGUCAACACUGCCUUUAGGUCUCUGAAAUCACAGACAGCCGCACAUCAGAGGGAAGAUUUUCACCGCAGGUUGGAAGUGGAUUCAGAUGUUUUUUGUGUCUGUGAGAUUUGGGGCAAUUGAGUUUGGGACUGGGAUGUUCCCAGU